AUGUUGUUUGAAACGGACAACAAACCUACAGUAUAUGACCAAAUAGCGGAUUUUCAGCGUAAACUUCAACUUUUAGAGAGCGACAGGAGUGCCUACUAUGAAAGCUCUCAGUCGGCCUUGGGUAAGAACCGCCAGCACAUCUUGCAGCUUCGGGAGGAGAACAGGGACCUGAAGAAGAGGGUGUCCGAGGCCGAAGACGAUGAACAACAAUUCGUACAAUCGGCCUUACACGGCCGAGGGGUGGAAAAGGACACCGGGCCACCGAUGUCCGGCAAGGCAGCCCUAUCCAAACUUGAACACCGGGUCACGUCCAAGAUGAAGCGUCUCAACGCGCUGAGGCACGCUACUCAAACUCAGCAGCGCCGCCUCGAAGACCUCAAGAGGGAAUGCCUCAGACUGGAAGGGAUGGGCUUCAACCAAGCAAUUACAGACAAGGAGGAGAUUACAAUGAAAUUGAGGUCACUGCAGAACUGUCUGGAAAAGAACCAACUCAAGUGCAAGGAAGCAGCAAACAUCAUGACUAACUACCUAAAACUGAAAAGUCACUUGCAGGAGGAGAGUCUGACUUUCCAGGGUCAGAUAGAUGAUCUAGAAGCAGAAAUCAUGAAGCACAGGAAGGAAGUGCAUGAAGUGCAGGAAAUGAACAACAAAGCCCAGCUCUCCAAAGAAACAGCAAUUGUUGAGUUACAGCAGCAGGAGGAGCAGUUCUACAAGGAGCACCAAGAAAAAGAUUAUCUUUUAGCCAUUUACCGCAAAAGGGUGCAGGAGAUUAAAGCCCGUGCUGAAAAGUUAGACGCCCAGAGGAAAAACGUACAACAGGAUGAGUUGAACAAUGAAGCCGAGAGUGGCGCUGCCAAGAUGGCCGCUGAAAUGGAGCAGAGCAUCAGCAUCUUUGAUGAGACCCUACAAAAUAUGAAGAAUGCCACUGGUUACACAGAUACAGAGGAGGUCAUGAAUCGUUACAUCGCCCAGAGGGAGACGCAUCGGCAUCUGAGCGCAGUGAAAGAAGACAACGAAUAUAUUCUCCAGCAGCUAAAGGAACAGAAGGUGCUCCUGAAGCAACAAUACGAGGCUAUGAAGUAUACGGGAGAAACACAACUAUCGAGUGAGCAGACAUUGCUGGACGAGUGUGACAAGGAGCUAGUGACGAAGCAGCAGAGUUGUGAAACAUCUAAGGAACAUCUGUCUUCCCUUGUCAAAACCAUCAGCACUAUCCAAGCUGGAGUGGAGCACCUGGCAGACAAACUUGAUCACAUCUCUCUGAAUGAACCUCCAUCAGAUAUUUCUACCAAAUCAGAAGAGUUUGUGGUGUAUCUGCUCAAUCAGUGUGAGCGCAAGGUGCUCUCACUGCAGAACAAGCUUCAAGGGAAAGAUCUCAAUGAGAUUUCAAAAGACAUGGAAGAAGAAGAGUUCUAUUUUAUGAUUGAGAAACAACUGCCUGCUUACAACAAGCGAGUCACUGUGUCUGAAGACCAAGAGAUGGCCCUCUUAACCAACGAGGAGGAGAAUGAAGAGGAUGACGGCAUCCUUUCACGAGAGGCGCUGAAGCGCCGCUCGCAGGCUAUGAUCGACUCCAUGUCCAACAAGAAAUCCUGGAAAAUGAAGAAGGGCAAGUAA